AUGAUCCAUAUGGAUAUAAGACGCUUGUCAGCCGUAACGUCAAGUUUGUGGAAGACGCCAUGUACAAGUACUGGCAGCAGCAGCAGCAGCAGCAGCAGCAGCAGCAGCAGCAGCAGCAGCAGCAGCAGCAGUAGCAGCAGCAGCAGCAGCAGCAGCAGCAGCAGCAGCAGCAGCAGCAGCAGCAGCAGCAGCAGCAGCAGCAGCAGCAGCAGCAGCAGCAGCAGCAGCAGCAGCAGAAGCAGCAGCAGCAGCAGCAGCAGCAGCAGCAGCAGCAGCAGCAGCAGCAGCAGCAGCAGCAGCAGCAGCAGCAGCAGCAGCAGCAGCAGCAGCAGCAGCAGCAGCAGCAGCAGCAGCAGCAGCAGCAGCAGUAGCAGCAGCAGCAGCAGCAGGUGCAGAUUGGCUUGCGUCUGUACGAGAUUGAAUGGUAUGCAGUGGAGGAGAUUCUUCUGCAUCCUGAUAUUCUCCGUGGGUCAGAGCUGA